UGAUCGCAGGUAGCGCCGGCCGGCCGGGGCUCCCUCGGGACUAGGGUGACUGCGCAUGCUCGCCGGCCGCGUUGGGCCAGUCGCCGAGCGGCGGUGACGAACCGGCUGCUCAGUUGCGGCGGCUGCGAUGGCGCUGUGAGGGGGCGGGGGGGUGGUGUUGAGGCGGGAUGGUGCUGACCCGGGCAGGGCCGUCUUCUUCCAGCAGGACGAGCGUCUCACUCCGACAGGCGUGGAGGAGGCCGAGCCGGGCGAGAGUUUCUGGUCCUUGUGUUGCUUUAGCAUCGCCUGACGCGAAGAGUUCAUCGUCCGCGACCUCCUCAUCUUAGGAGUCCCCCCACGCCCCCCAUCUCCCAUUUCUUAGCAAAUCUUGGGACCCCACUUGAUCGCGCUCGAAUAGGUUGAAGACCAGCUGGAGUAUGCAUUUUGCUCUGAAAUCUCAAAGCAGUCUACAAACAGUAAACUCUAUACAUUCUCUGUGUCAGGGGAAAACAAUAUAUUUUUAAUAAAGAUCAGUAACGGAAGUACAAGAUUAUUUAUUGUCAGAAUGAAGUUUUGAUCAGCAGAGGUGCUGUUAUCAGAUUUGUCUUCUCAGUAUAAAUUAAAAAUGACUGAAGUUCAGGCAAUGGUUGAAUUCUCCGUGGAGCUAAACAAAUUCUACAAUGUGGAUUUAUUUCAAAGAGGUUUUUACCAGAUUCGUGCAUCUAUGAAAAUUCCACCAAGAGUUCCCCACAAAGUAGAAGCUAGUUUGUUACAUGCAACGGGUAUGACUUUAGCCUUUCCAGCUUCAGUUCAUGAUUCUCUGAUCUGCAGUAAAACAUUUCAGAUUCUUUAUAAAAAUGAAGAAGUUGUUUUAAAUGAUGUUAUGAUCUUCAAAGUUAAAAUGUUGUUGGAUGAAAAAAAGAUUGAAGAAACCCUUGAAGAAAUAAGUUAUCUCCUGUCUUUGGAUCUACACUUUACAGAAGGAGAUUAUUCGGCAGAUGAUCUGAAUGCUUUGCAACUAAUAAGUAGCCGAACAUUGAAGCUGCACUUUAACCUCCAUAGAGGCCUUCAUCAUCACGUUAAUGUUAUGUUUGAUUAUUUCCACCUUUCUGUUGUAUCUGUUACAGUCCAUGCAUCAUUGGUUGCACUACACCAGCCACUAAUAAGCUUUCCUCGCCCUGUGAAGAACACUUGGCUAAAUAGAAAUGUACCAGCACAAAACAAGGAUUCCAUGAUUCCUCCUCUUGAAAGUGUGGUCUUUGGUAUUAAUUACACAAAACAGUUAUCACCAGAUGGUUGCAGUUUCAUCAUUGCAGAAUCCUUCCUUCAUCAUGCCUAUCAUUUUCAUUAUACACUUUGUGCCACUUUGCUGCUAGCCUUCAAGGGAUUGCACAGCUAUUUCAUUACGGUAACAGAAGAGAUUCCCUCUUGUCAGAAACUAGAACUGGCCAAGGCCAACAUGCAGGUCCUUUAUGAGCGCCUUCUAAGAAGAAAACAGCCACGAGCCCAGAAAGACACCUGUCUAGAGGAAAUGGAUAUAGAAAUUCGACUUAGUGAACUAUGUGAAGAAGUUAAGAAAAUAGAGAAUCCUGAUGAACUGGCAGAACUUAUAAAUAUGAAUCUUGCACAACUUUGCUCACUUUUAAUGGCAUUAUGGGGACAGUUUCUGGAAGUCAUAACACUACAUGAAGAGCUAAGAGCAUUAUUAGCACACGAACACCAUACUUUGAGGGUACGUAGAUUUUCAGAGGCAUUCUUUUGUUUUGAGCAUCCAAGACGAGCUGCCAUUGCAUACCAGGAACUUCAUGCUCAGAGUCAUCUACAGAUGUGUACCGCUAUCAAAAAUACUUCCUUCUGCAGUUCUCUUCCACCUCUACCUAUUGAAUGUAGUGAAUUAGAUGGAGACCUGAAUUCAUUACCUAUAAUCUUUGAAGAUAGGUAUUUAGAUUCAGUUACUGAAGACUUAGAUCCACCCUGGAUGGGAGUUCAGAAUCUUCAGAGAUCAGAGUCCAAUAGAAUGGAUAAAUAUGUGACUGAAGAAAGCUCUAUAGCUGGACUUUCUAGCCCAGAGUUGAAAGUCAAACCUGCUGGUGCCUCCAAUUUUUGGUUUACAGAAGGUGAAAAGCAGCUAACAAAAUCUGUGAAAGGAAAGAAUGAAGAAUCAAAUAAAUCCAAAGUUAAGGUUACUAAACUCAUAAAAACAAUGAAACCUGAAAACACAAAAAAAUUAAUAAAACAAAACUCUAAGGAUUCUGUGGUUUUGGUAGGCUACAAAUGUUUGAAAAGCACAGCAUCAGACGAUCUCUCUAAAUGCUCUGAAGGCAGUCCUUCACAUAGUCAGAAGGAAGGCCUGGAUCCCACAAUGUGUGGAUAUAAUUUUGACCUAAAGACCUCCAUCAGACAGACAAGCCAAAAGGAAGCUAGCUAUUUGCCAACUAAUACAGAGAGAACUGAACAAAAGUCUUCAGAUAUUGAAAAUGUGCUACCAGAUCUUUUUGAUACUUUGAACUCUGGCAGCCUAAAUCUUUGUGCAAAUUUGUCCAUUUCAGGUAAACUUGGUAUCUCCCAGGAAGAUAGUGAAAUUACUCAAGUGGAACACAGUAUGACAUCCAGAAGUUUAUCAGACGAUUAUAAUGAUCAUCAAAUAACUCCAGCCUCAGGAAUUGGGACAAUUGAAGUACAGCCCUGUGAUAAAGAUUCUUUUAGUGAAGAGAAAAUAACUUUUAAAAUAGGACCUUGGACAAAACUCCAACAAGAUGAAACAUUUGUGGAUAAUAUACAACUACCCAACUUUGAGUCCAUAGAAUAUAAUGGUAAAUCUAAAUCUCUAGAAAUAACUCCUGAAAAGGAAACUUUGCAGGAAUCAAAGUGUAUUUCUACUGGAGAAUCUUUAGCUAAAUUAAGAUGUAAUUUGCCUGCUUCCUCUACUAAAGAAUAUCAUCUUGUAUUAAGUGGAGAUGCAAUUAAGUUACCGGAUAUUAAUGCUACAUAUGCCUCAUCUAGAUUUUCAGAUUCAGGUGUUGAAAGUGAACCAAGUUCUUUUGCAACACAUCCAAACCCUGAUCUAGUUUUGGAAACUGUGCAAGAGCAAGGUCCUUACAACAGUGAAAGAUUAUUUCCUCAAUUUUUGAUGAAACCUGAUUAUAAUGUAAAAUUUUCAUUAGGAAGUCACUGUACUGAAAGUACAAGUGCUUUAAGUGAAAUACAGUCAUCUUUGACAUCUAUAAACUCUCUACCUUCAGAUGAUGAACUGUCACCUGAUGAAAAUUCUAAGAAACCUGUUAUACCUGAAUGCCACUUAAGUGAUAGCAAAACUGUAUUAAGUCUAGCAACAAUUAAUUUGCCAAAAUGUGAUGAUAGUAAAAAGUCAAGUAUUAUUUUGCAACAACAGAAUGCUGUAUUUUCAGGACAUUUGUUGGACAGUGAAACUAUAGGAAUACAUUCUUUAAAUUCAAGCACUAAAGACCCUUUACAAUUUGUUUUUUCAGAUGAAGAUACUUCCAGUGAUGUGAAAAAUAUCUGUAGCUCCAAACCUAACUUGGACACUAUUUGUAAAGGAUUCCAGAGUCCUGAUAAAUCUAAUAACUCUGCUGGGACAGCACUUACAUUAAAUUCAAAAAUGCUUUCUUUAGACACUCCUAGUGUUUCAGGUUCUGUUUCUACUAAUACAGAAGUGAGUGAAGAUAGAACUGUGAAAAGAAAAAAUAGUGAUGCACUAAGUCCCAAACAAAUAAAUUCAGAAACCCCUAUAGUUACAAAUGAAAAUCAUCUAGGUACAACUGAUCCUCUUUCAGCCAGUCCUGAUAUGGUAAAAGAAGGGCUUGUGGAGAAUUAUUUUGGUUGUCAGAGAAAUACUAAUAUUCCUGAUACAUGUACAAAUAGAUACAGCAAUUCAGUUAAUCCUCAAAAGGAUACUUCUGAAAAAGAAAUUAGUGAGCAACAAAAGGUUAAAGAGAAUGAGGAGGAAGAGCAGGAUCAACAAAUGAUUCAAAAUGGAUAUUACGAAGAAAUAUAUUAUUCAGCUUUUGAUGCAACAGUAAAUGCACACUAUUCAAGUGGAGAUAUAGUAGAAGAAAAAAGACUUAUAAAAUCAGAAAAAAUGAGUCAAUAUCUUCGGGAUGAUAUAAAUAUGCCUACUGUCUAUACUUCUGGUUGUCUGUCUUUUCCAUCUGCACCGCGAGAUUCUCCUUGUAGUGCAAAAUACUCCAAAAGUAAAUCUGAUGCCAUUACAAAGCAGCCAAGCAGCACUUCUUCUAACAUCACAUCAAUUUCCUGGUAUGAAAAUUCACCAAAACCUCAAAUACAAGCCUUCCUUCAGGCAAAAGAAGAAUUGAAGCAACUUAAGCUCCCUGGGUUCAUGUACAGUGAUGUUCCUCUGUUAGCAUCCUCAAUUCCUUAUUUUAGCAUUGAAGAAGAUGGUUCUGAAGAUGGAGUUCAUCUCAUUGUCUGUGUGCAUGGUUUAGAUGGUAACAGUGCAGACCUGCGAUUAGUAAAAACUUACAUUGAACUUGGACUGCCUGGGGGAAGAAUUGAUUUUCUCAUGUCUGAGAGAAAUCAGAAUGAUACUUUUGCUGAUUUUGAUAGCAUGACGGAUCGCCUUCUGGAUGAGAUAAUUCAAUAUAUUCAAAUAUAUAGUCUAACAGUCUCAAAAAUAAGCUUUAUUGGACAUUCAUUGGGCAAUUUAAUAAUCCGUUCAGUGCUUACAAGGCCAAGGUUUAAAUAUUACCUCAACAAACUUCAUACCUUCCUAUCUCUUUCUGGACCUCAUCUUGGUACACUGUACAAUAGCAGUGCUCUUGUUAAUACAGGUCUCUGGUUUAUGCAAAAAUGGAAAAAAUCAGGUUCUCUUUUACAGUUGACAUGUCGAGACCAUUCAGACCCUCGCCAAACUUUCUUAUACAAGCUUAGUAAUAAAGCAGGACUUCAUUACUUCAAAAAUGUUGUCCUAGUUGGAUCUCUACAGGAUCGCUAUGUUCCUUAUCACUCUGCCCGCAUUGAGAUGUGUAAAACGGCUUUAAAGGACAAACAGUCAGGACAAAUCUAUUCAGAAAUGAUCCACAAUUUGCUUCGUCCAGUUCUACAAAGCAAGGACUGUAAUCUGGUUCGAUACAAUGUUAUCAAUGCAUUGCCCAAUACUGCUGAUUCACUCAUUGGAAGAGCUGCGCACAUAGCUGUUCUUGAUUCAGAAAUAUUUUUAGAGAAAUUCUUUCUAGUUGCUGCCCUCAAAUAUUUUCAGUAGAAUAAAAAACAUUGUUAAGGACUUGAAAAUUACCUCAUUCAGCAAUGAUUCAAAUAAUGUAUUAUAUAAAAUAAUAGAUGCUGAUACGCUCUAAGAAAUAUUUAUACUUUUUAUAUGGAAGAUAAUUUAUAUCAUCCAUGUUUAGAGCAUUUUAAACAUCAACUUUACUUUCUAGGUAAUGUGGCUGUGCAAUAUUUUUUUAAUUUUAUCUUUUUACUUUUCUAUUAUUUUUCAUAUACUUUGAAACUUUAAGUCCUAGGUAUGUCUGAUGGUUGAUUAUUGGCUUUCCACAAUUCUUACAUCAGACUAAUCAUAUUAAAUGACAUAACUACUGGGAGUUGGGCGGUAGUGCAGCAGGUUAAGUGCACGUGCCAUAGGACUGGCAUAUAAGGAUCCCGGUUUGAGCCCUCACUCCCCACCUGCAGGGGAGUCGCUUCACAGGUGGUGAAGCAGGUCUGCAGGUGUCUAUCUUUCUCUCCCCCUCUCUGUCUUCCCCUCCUCUCCAUUUCUCUCUGUCCUAUCCAACAACGACGACAUCAACAAUAAUAACUACAACAACAAUAAAAACAAGGGCAACAAAAAGGAAAUAAAUAUUUUAAAAAAUGACAUAAACUACUACAAUAGCAUGGAAUUUAAAUUUUUCUAAUAUUCAAGGUGUUUAUUUAAUUUUAAGUUUUACUGUUAACAUUUUACUUUGUUUUAACUGGAAAUAAAAUUAUGGCUGCUAAAAUAUAUUUUUGGAAAUCAACUUCUUUAGCCCUGUCAAACUAUGUAAUAAAAGUUUUAUAUAAAAAGUCAUUGUUACUGUUGUUGUUAAACAUGCCAUGCCUAUUAAAAUAUAUUUCCUACUGAUGAUUCAACAUUGUUUCUCACACUGACUUUUAUUAUAGAACUUUUCAUGUUCAUGUUAGCAGCAUCUAGGGAUUUCUGAGUGUUCUCUGCCUUGAUUGGUUGGAAUUUUGAUAAUUGGUAAUGUUGCUUGACCUUUCUGAUUACUUUUCUUUAACUUUUUUCAUAAAUUCCAUGUAUGUACAUAAUGAUUAAAUCUUGAAAUUUAUGAAAUACUUUUAUGAACUUAGAUAAUUUUUAAAUAUUUUAAAUUUUGUUGAACUAAAGACUGAUGUAAAUAAAAUGAUUCAUGUUAAAAAUGGAACAAAUGUACAUGUUUGGUGAAACAGAUGCAAAUGUUUUUGAUAUAUGGAGAUGUUGAGUCUUUUGACUUUGCUAAUGGUGCUGAAUAGCAUUAAAUUCACCAUUUCUCUUUCUUGUUUACUUGUAAAAAUUAUGCACUAAGGGUGGAUAGGUCUGUCUGCAUUCACCACUUGUGAUGGACAGAAAAGUUUUUUAAGUAUGUAUUGUAUAAUUGGUGCAUGUUUACUUUUAGUGUUGUGUUAGUGCCUCUAGUAUUAAUAAAUUAACAAAUUACUAUAUGGAGGAA